GGGCAUUAUACAUCAAGUACAUGUAAUUCAUUCGAAAUCUAAAUCUUCAGAUUAUUUUGGCUUCUCACAUGUGUCUUUGUUUUUCUUUAGCGCUUGAUUUUCUUCUUGGCACAAAUUUCUUCACACGCUUCCCGAGCACAUAAAAUAUCCUCAGACUUGAUGCAAACCGUUUAAAACUAAUAUUGUCGACCAAAUUACUUGCAGAGUCGUUUAAUGUAAUCAUAAAUUUCAGUCAUCAGAUGUUUUCUUUGAUUAAACUCAUGAGAGUAGUAACAAUUUCUGUUUUUCCUAUUGGUUUUCACAAAAUUGGUUUUUGCAGACUUCCAUUGAAGGCCACAAUAUGGUUCGUAGACAGAAAAUGAGACCUAUAAUAUUGUCCGUUGGUUUUUACACAAAGUUCAUCUAUCCAUAUAUAUGCACACGGUUCUUGUUUCAUAGAAGAUAUAAAUCCAGUAUUAGUGUGAAAUAGCUUUUAGAUAACAAUGAAUAAUUAACUCCAACUCAAAGUGUAUCUGUGAUGGGUCUAAUCAUCAUUAUGCACUAGAUAGGCUAUAAUUCACUUCCACCAUUCACUGGUAUAUGAGCAAUGCUAGAUCAUCCUGUUUAUUUAUUCAGAUAUUUAUGAAGCUCUAACUUUUGUUCUCAUUCCUUAUUACUCCGUAUAUAAUGAUGCUAUCGGUAAGUAACAAGACUGAUUAUAACACGAAAUGAAAGAAAUUACUUACUCACGGAGGAGAAUAACACUGAUACUAAAAUUCUCCUACAAAGUAGAAAUCUAAUCACUGUCUUCUUACUAGACAAACCUAAUUAGGCCUACACUGUUUGUGUGUGUCAAACCUUAAAGUUUUCAUUUAUAUAAGACCAUUUGAUGCCGAAAUCCCUCCAUAUGAACAUCAGCCUGCUGUGUAAGACCGUAAUAGGCCUUAUCAAAAGCUACAUCCUUUAGCAGCUUAAAAUUUACCGGGUCUUUGUUUGAGUUUUUAAAUAAUUUCUGAAAAAUAACCCUUGAACGCUAAACAAUCAAAAACUGUUCUCCAGAGGUACUACACAUUUUGAAGUCGAUCUAAGUUUUUUUUUCUGUUAAAUAUUUCUUGAAUUUUCAAAUGAUAGAAAGCUUGAAAUAUGUCUUAACCAGAUACGACUUUUUCUAGAUAAGUAGUGGUUAUUCAUGAUGUUAAACUGAAAAUUAUGUACGUUGUUUAGGCGCUCCUAUGUUCAAUUUAUUUUAAACGAAGUAAAAUUUAAUACUUGGGCGAGAAAACUUACAAAUGCAUUAAAAAAUUUAAGCAAAAGGCAGGUCAUUUUAUAGUACUAUGGGUAUUUAGCUUCUGGAUUUCCUGUGUCAUUCAUCACCUGUUUUGAAUAUAUAUUAAACCGUGUGCGUAUGAAAAGUGAAGGAGGAGAAACUAAGACAGUAUUUAAUGUUAACUGGUUAGAUACCUGGCUACUGUUCUAGACUAUCAUGGGAAGUACGAACCAUAUGAUCCAUUAUUUUUGGCAGCAAAGAACAAUAUUAGUCAAAAUAUUCUGUAUUCGCGGAACCGUUUUAUUUGUUACCAAUCUAAUUUGUUUUACGUUUUUACGGGCUUUAUACGCCAAAGCUGUCAGAUAUAAAAGCCUCUGUGUUUGGUUAUCGAUGUACUUAUACAUAUACAUAUAAAUGAUUACUGAGAACGGCAUGAACCUUCGUAACAUCUCACUUCACCUUCAGUUUUUAGUUACAGAUGAAGUAAUUACUUAAUCUUACGGUAUGCUUCUCGAUGAGGAUACAAUAGAUGAGCUUCAUAUUUUGUUUCGUUAGGUCGAAAAGACCAUAAAUUUGCAUUAAAAUUGCAAUCCUCAAAUAAAUCCUGGAAAAAUGUUUGAGGAUUACAGUUUAUUUCCUGACAAUAUUGUUUCUACAAAGUGUCUUAGAGUACAUGAUAAACUCCAGUAAGUGGUUAUAAGGGUGAGCUCUUUAAAUGUUAAAUAUGUUUUAAGAUUUCUAAGUUACUUUUCAUCUCUGUUUUAGUCUGCUGAACAAAACCACUUGAAGCAACAUAAAAAUCUUUCAUUUCUACCUUUUGUGGUACGGCCACUUUCGAAGAACAAGUAGCAGUAAACAUACACUGAAAGUCUAAUGUCCGAAUCCCAGGUUAUGUUUGUUAAAUAACUUUGUCUUUCUACUGACGCUUUAUGCUUUUUUGUUUGUUUCUUAACACCUCAUUUUUAUACGGAAAGUUUCUGGGAAAAUAUACCAAAAACUGACUGUUUGUUUCUUGUGUAACUAUGAGCAUUAGUGCAUGAUUUUGCGGUGAUUUAUCGCUCCAUCCAAAGAGAUAAUAUUUUGCUUUCAAACAAAUACUUUAAAUGCGGUAAAACCAUUUUCUACUUCGUUUAUCGCAGCUAGUUAGUAAGUAAUAUUAGUAAAUUUUAGUGCGAAAUAGUUGAUAUCUGUAGUUCUUAUGUUGAGAAAACACACAAAAAUUUUAAUGACGAUGUUUUUAAAAUAAUGUAGCCAAAAUUAUGAAAAUAAAAAUUUAAUCCCUUGCUAUCCUUGGAAAUUGUGAUAAUUACAAAUAUAUCAGAACUGACUGCUGUUCUAGCUAAUUACUUUUCAUCAAUCUAGAUAAGCCAGUCUGAGUUAAUCAAUAUGUGACCGAAAAUAGCUGCUGACUAUUAAAUCUGUUAAACCUCUCAAAUCAUUAACAAGACAAAUUUUUCGACACUUCGAACAUUAGCUAUUAUUAUUAUUAUUUAUAAUACUUCCUUCACUUUAAUUAGACUUUUGAAAUCGUAAGACAAACCUCUAGAAAAGUAUUUACCAGAAAACAUAUGCGUGGACAAUAAUAUAUUAAAGGAACAUAUGAAAGUCAUGAGUAUCCCACAGCACACUACAAUACUGUUUCAUUUUAUAUUGUCGGUUCAAUUCAAGUCUGUUUUUUGCCAUCCUCUUCUUAGUUAAAAAGAGGCAGAUAUUGUGUGAGAAUGUCAAGAUUAAAUUUUUCCAUCGGCAGUUUCAAAGUAUAUCGCGUCAAAUAUCAUUAGUUGAAUGUGUUAAAUAAUCGGUUUUAGAGUUUUUAUUCAUUCACAGUGGAUAAAUUCCAGUAAAGGUAAUUUUUGAUCAUUGUCCUGUACAUGUUUAUUGAAUAUUUUAUUUGAAUUGCAAUAGAAUAAUUUUCAAUAGAUCUUCGUGACAUUUAAUUACAAAUGGUUGUCUCUGUAAUGAACGAGAACGCAAUAGAGGACAACCAAUGCAUUUUUUAUACAAAACUACAGAAUCUCUUGGUAAAAUAUGAUAACCAUACAUUGAAUACUGCAUUCGCAAAUGUAAAUCCUUUGUCUAUCACAUCCCGUAUAGCUCUUUCAUUUCACAAUUCCUUUCUAUUUGUCCUUCCAUUCUUUUCUACUCGAUCUUAGCCUUGUGCUGCCAGGUUUUUUACUUCCGAUUAAUGUUACCUACUACUUAUGCCGGCAGACAUAAGCAGCAUACGCCAUAGACUAUAUCACAAACAUACUGUAUUACCUUAAAGAUGUAGUCACUAGUGAUAACACGUUUAUUAUUUAAUCUUUUCGUUAUGGAGUUUAUUUCGAUUUCAAGAUGAUUUUCAUCACCCAUAACUUCAGCUGGCGAACCAUUAAACUUUUGAUGUUUUGGCAACUAAUGGACUAAUGGAUCUCAGUUAUCUCAUAGGUGAGAACAUUGUCAUCUGUGAAAAUGAACAGUCGUUUUGAUCUGUCACAAAAUAGCGUAAUUCAGAAAUUGAAUCAUCGAGACUCAAUCCAUUGACAUAAAGUGAACGCAUUCAACACAAUAAAUGAAGGUUUUCAAUUCAGUCGUUGACACAGUCAUGCUUGGAUACUGAUGAGAACUGAUACAAACAACCGUUUAGGAGUCCUUGUUUUUCAACAAAUUCUUAGUUUGAAUUAGUCUGUGACAAAAGUCAUUCCAAAAUAUCUCUUCACUAACUGAAUUUAUUCAUCAUAUAAUUAGUAACUAGACACAUUCAUUCAUAAAUAAAAUAAAGUUGAUCAUUAUUAUGAAACAUAUCACUGUUUAGGUAGUGUUAUGUAGUCACCAAUUUAUUUUUAACAGUUUAUCACUUGGGUGCUAAAAGCCUGUUGGCAGAGGGACUAAACUUACUUUUACGCGACCAAGCAACUCUAAAGAAUCGUGCUGAACUAAGUACGUCUCCACGCAGAGAGAAACCAAAGUGGGAUUCAAAAUUCAACACGAAUUUACAUGCAUUCGCUUCAUCUGAUGACCAGUUUUUGCGAACAAAAUUGCACCAUUACUACGAAUUAAAUGAAGUCAAAAGUCAAAAUAUUCGCGCUGAAGAAUCAGUUAAACAGUCUACAAAUGAAUGGUUAGAAAAUUAUGGUCUAAAAGCAAAACGAUUAACACUCGAUGAUUUCAUUGCUAUGGGUAAAAUUCCAGACGGUGUAAUGGAAGAAUUUUCAGCAAAUUCAGAUUUAACUUUGAACCAAAUAGUGGAUGAAUUCAAAAAGAAUUUCCCGUCACAUCUCGAAUAUAACUCAAAACAAGUUAAUCAAUUUGAAUGUGGGCUGCAUGAAUCUAUCUUCACAUAUACAAAUAGAAUAAGAUGGUUGAUGGAGGAUACAAAGAAAAUAUUUGGUUUAAUUCGUGGAGAAAAUAUUGGUCUUCUGUUGGAUAGUUCAGAUGCAAACUUGGGUUUCAACAGGGAUAAGCAAUUUAAAGAACAUUUAAUCGAAUUAGUCAACGAACAAAUAACUGCAGACAGGCUGAAGACACUAUAUGUAGCAAGUUAUGGAACAAAUAUUAAUUCAUUAUGGCCAUAUCCAAUGUGUGCGAAUACACGUGCCAUGAAUGAAUUAAAGUAUUUUAUAAGAGAACAACUAAUACCAAUGGGUGGAUCAAAUUUGUUGAGUGGUAUAAAACAUAUGAUUAUGUUUGGUAGAAAACAAUUAGAUGUUAUCAUUAUAGUAUGUGGUAGUUAUCCAGAUCAACCUGCUAUAUUUAUUCAACAAUAUUUAGAGCAAAUAUUUGCUGGUCUCACAUCACCUCGACUACAUUUAGUUGCUUAUGAUUGUCGUAAUCCUGAAGUUAAUCAAUUGUUAGCUCAACUGGCUACAAUAAAAAGUGAUUUCAUCUAUCAUUGUUAUUUAACUGAGAAUGAAUCGGCUGUGUAUACAAGUGAUGAAAUCGCUCGUCUUCUGAAAGAGAUAAAUGAUGCACAGAAAGUUCUUGAAGUUGUUGGUCAUCUAAGACAAGAAAUGGAGAGCUCGUCUACAAUUGCUCAGCAAGCUACCGAUGAAGUGAACAUGGUAUCCAAUGCAAUGUGCACUUCACCAAUAUACUAUCUACCUCAACCGACUGACACCAGUUUACUGCAUGGAAAACUUCAGUUGGAUCAUUUGCAUAGACAAUGUUGUAGACAAUGGAAACCAUUUCAACCAACUUCUUCUCAAGUUUGGUUACAUAAACAUGGGCUGAAAGCUCGUAAACUGAAUUUAUUUCAGAUGUUGGCACCAAAUGCAUAUUCACAAGUUGUUGGUUAUAUCCCAUCAAUUCAACGCUCUGUUAGUGCUCAAAUACAUGAAAAGUGCAUGGUUCAAGUUAGGUGGCUUGAUGGAUCAAUUAAAAAUGUCCAUGUUGAUCCUAAUGAAUUAUAUAAAUACCAAACACAGAUAACAAAUUUGGUUGGAUUAUUAGAAAAACGAAUUCAUUGGUUGACUCAAAAAAGUCGUGGAUACUUUGGUACCCUUAUAGAACCGAACGUAAUCAUUUUAAUUGAUUUAUCAGAGUAUAAUACUAUCUAUAUGGUUCAUAUACACUAUUGUCUACGUCAUUUACUCGAAGAACAAAUUUCAACAAAAUCUAAAUUUAAUUUAAUAAUAUUUGGCUCGAAUUCUAUGGCUUACCAAUCGAAUUUAAUUGAUGUGAAUGUUAACACUUUACAAGCUUCAUGGGAUUGGUUUAAAACGCACAAUUGCAAUGGCAGUCGUAAUUUGUUAAGUGCUUUGAGGUUAGUGUUCGAAAGUCAGUCAGAAAAAGAUUUGUUUGAAUCACACUUAGGAAUUUAUAUAUUUACAUCAGGUAUACCUGAUCAGGACAGUGAAGUGAUUUCAUCUUAUUUGGAAGCUAAACGUUGUACGUUUUUAAAUACUGAUGUACAUGUGGUAUUAUACCAUGUAGACAACAUCAUUACAGAUAAACACUUUCCAUGUCGUUAUGCAAAUAUUACAGAAACUGCAAAUUCUUUACGUGAAAUAGCCCAUUCAACUCCAAAUGGACGUUUUCAUUGGUUUCGUGAGAAUGGUAUCAUAGAAAGUGAUGAUGUUCGCGUUCUAUUGGAUGAAAUAGACGAAGCAGUCAGCUAUUCAAAACAAGCUCAGUUACUUGUAGCAACAAUCACAGAUAAACGAGUUGGAUCAGAAGUUGAUUGGAAUAAGUCUGAUAAAAGCAUAGUUUCAAAGAAUGUUAGUACGGCUAAUCAAUUAUUGGGUGGAUUGGAUCCUUCAAAUCAAAUUGAACCACGUUUGAACUUAUUGACAUUGGCUAGAAAAGAAGCCAUUGACGCAAAAAUGAAAAGUAUUACCACUGAUAAUGAUUCACAUCCAAAAGCUUUGACAUGGUAUCAAGAAGCCAAUAAUGCCGACAGGAUACGACCCAAUCCUAUGAAAAGUAAAGUUUCCGGAAGAAAAAAAUCUAAUGUCUUAGCAAAACCAAUUCAAAUUAAACGAUUCAACUGUCAAAUACCCACAGAUGAAGAAAAACUUACGAGUCGUGAAUGGUUACGUAAAUACAGCAUUCGUAGUUUGGGACUUAAUUUAACGCGUCUCACAUCUGGAAUGGAUUGUAAACAUGAAAUGUCUUUUGUUAAUUCCACUCGAACAAUGGUUCAUGCACGUUAUUGUAGCGGGUUAUUUCCUCUUGUAAACGUGGCUGGAACUCUUCGACAUCUUCAAUAUACUUUGGACGAACUAGAAGCUUUUGAACAAGAGGUAGCUAAAGCAUUAAAACGCUAUAUCAAACGUUACGAAUGGUUAACUACAGGAUCGAGGAAGUAUUUUGGUCUUAUAUGUGAAGAAUGUAUAGUCAUUUUGAUUGAUACAUCUGGCUCAAUGGAUGCUCAUUUGAAUGAAAUAAAAACGUAUCUGAAGCUUUUAAUAUGGGAACAAUUACACAAGAACAAGGUGUUUUUCAAUAUGGUUAGUUUUAGUAGUACAUUACUUGAGUGGCAGGCUUCCGGUGUAGUAAUGGCAGAUGAAGUUUAUUGUCAUGAUGCUAUUGCAUGGAUUGAUCAACUGAAGGCUACAGGUGGUACGCGUACCGGUGAAGCAAUUUUGUGUGGUUUAAAUCAUUUACAAAUUAUGAAUUCAUCGAAUAUAAAAAAAAUGUAUGAUGUAAACUUCAAUGAAAUGAGUAAAGGGAUAUAUUUAAUUACAGAUGGUAAACCGGAUGUUAGCUGUUCUUCAUUGAUUAAAAAUAUUGAUGAAGUUUGGAACUUCAAUCCUGACAGUAAUGUUGACUUACAAAAUAAAAAAAUACAAAAGAACUCUAAAACGUUAAAUAACACAAGUAGAAAGGAUAAAAUCAAACAUACAAAAGCUUCUAAAUUGGUACAAUUACACAAAUGUCCACCAAUACACACAAUCUCCUAUACAAAUGAUCAGACUGCUAUAUUAUUUCUGAAAAAGUUAUCAAAUUUAACCAAUGGACGUUUUCAUACGUUUCUGGACAUGACGUCUACAACUAAUUCGUUUUUGGAUUAUUUAUUACAAUCUUUCUCUAAAAUGAACACAAGUGAAAAUGAUAUAUCCAAAAAUCAAAAAGAUAUUUUGUCAUUCCCUAACAUUCAGUCAGAUGAUAUUAGAUUAAUACAGAAAGAAAUUCGAACAGCUUAUCGAACAUUGAUUUGUCUAAAAUAUUUUCAGGAUGUAUAUAAAGAAACAAAAUUGCUUCGAAAGUAAUAAUCAAUAAAAUUGUGCUAUUUUAAUUCGUUUUAAUGUAUUUUUGAUCCACUUCAAUUUGUCUGAAAUUCUAUUCUCUCAUUAAUAAAGUAAUUCAGGAGAGUAAAAUGUGGUGCGAAAUGCAUCAUUUUAAUUGUUGCACUUGCUAAAAAUAGUAACCUACGGCAAAAUAAAUGUACGAGGAAGGGAAAGUGAGCUGACUGUUCUCAAAAAUCACUGGAGUCACAAACACCCUGUGGUAUCUUAACAUUUCGAUACCAACCUAGCUAAUCAAAAGUGAUCUCAUACGGUUUAUAUUAUAUUUAACAAAUCAAUAUUUUUAUCGAACUAACUUUUGUAUUGGAGAUCUAUCAGUGCACUAAUUCUAGAUAAAUGUUCUUUGUUAU